AUGUUCUUACAAGACUACCUUGAGCCAAGAUAUUUUUCACCCUUGACGCCUCGAGUGGAUUUUGGCAAAUUCCUCUCGACGAUUGACGAAGAGUCAUUAUUUCUGACCUAUUUCAAUACCCCAUUUGGACGAUAUAGGUUUCAACGCCUACCAUUUAGUAUCAAAUCCGCACCUGAAGUUGAUCAACGAGUUAUGGAGGAGUUGUUUGAUGACAUAGAAGGAUGUGAGGUAAUUGCUGAUGAUGAAGAGCAUUGAAGAAUGUCCUCGAUCGAGCACGUGAUGUUCAGCCGAAAUUAAAUAAGAAGAAAUGCAAGAUACGUGUUAGAGAGGUGUCGUAUAUUGGACAUACUUUAACGUCAGAAGGAAUCAAGCCAGACAAAGAAAAAGUCAAAGCCAUUUUACUGAUGCCCGAGCCAAGUACCAAACAAGAGUUGCAGUGGUUCAUCGGAAUGGUACAAAAAGUCGCAAAGUUCAUUCCUUAUCUCUCUGAGAAAUUAGCGCCACUACGAUCCUUGUUGAAAAAGAAUGCGGCGUGGCAAUGGAAUGCUGAGCACCAAAGAGCUUACGAACUGUUGAAGAAAGACUGCAGCAAACAACCAACAUAUUGCUUUUCUACGACGUGUCGAAACCAGUAAAAAUUUCAGCUGAUAGUGGAAAAUCUGGGCUUGCAGCCGUUUGUGAACAAGAUGGCCACCCCGUAGUGUAUGCUUUUCGAUCUUUGUCCGAUACACAGCAACAAUACGCGCAAAUAGAAUAGGAGCUCUUGGCCAUCUUCUUUGCAUGUGAAAAAUUCCACCAGUUCAUUUAUGGAAAGAGCGUAACAGUUGAGACAGAUCACAAGGCUCUGGUCAGUAUUUUCAAGAAGUCGCUGAAUGACUGUCCCAUGAGAUUGCAAAGAAUGCUUCUUCGUUUGCAACAGUAUGAUUUGCAAGUUGUCUACAAGAAAGGCACAGAAUUAUACUGUAUGAUACAUUAAGUGAAGCAUAUCAAGAAAUUGGUGCAGAUGACUCUCUUGAAGAGAGUUUAGAAAUUCACAUGGUAUUGCCUAUUUCUGCCCCGAAGUUGAAAGAAUUACAAGACGAGACGGGAAAAGAUCCUGUCAUGCACAAAUGA